AUGUUCUUUACCUUGAAUAUUGAUUCCGUUUUUUCGUUCAUGAUUUUGCAGAAUGCGGACGCAGUUUUCACACUCGUAUUUUCCCGCUAUACCCAAUGCGUCAAGCUCUUCAUUGUCUCGUUUUAUCUAUCUAUCUAUCUAUCUAUCUAUCUAUCUAUCUAUCAAAUAUGUGCUUUUAGACGAUGGUGGCACCGAACUUUUCCUGUUUCGAGCGACACUGAUGGAAGUUGGGAAACUGAAAGACACCAACACGAUCUUUACAAUCGGUAUUAUUACUUCAACACUGCCCUUCAAAUCCUGAGGGUAAAUGUUAGAACCCCAUGUUCUGGAGUUUAUCCCUCUCUGGAAUCAGACGAGUCUUAUUCACUUGAUAUUACUUCGUCUUCUUCAAUUUUGACCGCAAACUCUGUGUGGGGUGCUCUCCAUGGAUUAGAGACUUUCAGCCAGCUGAUUUCUAAAACUCACAAUGGAAUGUAUGUUGUUAAUGAAACUUCAAUUGUUGACUUCCCAAGAUUCAAACACAGAGGAUUACUCUUGGACACAUCAAGACAUUUCCUGUCAAAACAACUUAUUCUACAGAACUUGGAUGUUAUGGCACAGAAUAAGUUUAAUGUAUUUCACUGGCAUAUUGUUGAUGAUAAUUCAUUUCCCUAUCAGAGUUACACUUUCCCAGACUUAAGCAAUAAAGGUGCAUACAAUCCAGUAACCCAUGUCUACACCCAGGAUGAUGUUAGAGAAAUCAUUGAAGUUGCUCGCCUGUUGGGUAUUAGAGUUAUGCCAGAAUUUGAUUCACCAGGACAUACUCAAUCCUGGGGUCAUUCACAGAAAGAACUUUUGACCCCAUGUUACAGUGGUACUCAACCAAAUGGUUAUUAUGGACCUGUGAAUCCUGUCCCAGAAUCCACUUAUGAUUUCAUGAAAAUUCUUUUCAAAGAAAUUGCAGCCGUCUUUCCAGACAAGUAUGUUCAUGCAGGUGGGGAUGAAGUUAGCAUGGGAUGUUGGCAAAGUAACCCAAAUGUCACUGCCUUCAUGAAGAAGAUGGGAUUUGGUACCAACUAUAACAAAUUGGAACAAUAUUACAUGCAGAGAAUUCUUGAUGAUAUUGGAAAGUUAGGAAAACAUUAUUUAAUCUGGCAAGAAGUUAUCGAUAAUAAUGCAAAGGUUCAAAAUGAUACUGUGGUUCAUGUGUGGAAGGGAGGCUACCAAAAGGAAUUAGCUAAAGUGACUGCUUUAGGAUAUAAAACUCUCCUCUCAUCCUGUUGGUAUUUAAAUUAUAUCAGUUAUGGAAGUGAUUGGCAUAAAUAUUAUAUGUGUGAUCCACAAGAUUUCAAAGGUACUGAUAAACAAAAGGAAUUUGUAAUUGGUGGUGAGGCUUGCAUGUGGGGUGAAUAUGUGGACAACACAAACCUUUUGCCAAGGCUUUGGCCUCGUGCUUCUGUUGUUGCUGAAAGACUAUGGAGUGCCAAAGAUGUUAAAGAUCUUAAUAAAGCAAAGAUACGAUUGGUCCAUCACAGAUGCCGUAUGGUCAGACGUGGAGUUGCAGCUGAACCAAUUUCAGGACCAGGAUUCUGCCCUAAAGAAUAUUAA